AUGGUGGGGCGUUCCUUCACCAUGAAGAAGAGCUCGGGCGACGAUGACUACCCCUACUACAGCAUCCGCAAGGGAUGGGUUGCGGUGGCCUGUGUCUUUGUCGCGGGCUUCUCCGUCAUGGGCUUCACUGGCAAGAUCAUCUAUGACAACGCGCCCCCAAUUCCGACUUUCCGACUGGAAGGCCAUCCCGGCCCAGUGCUUUGGACAAGCGAAGAUGUCUUGGAGGGGCAGCAGAUAUGGCAGUCAAUCGGUGGCCAGCAGAUGGGCUCCGUUUGGGGACAUGGGGCCCUGCAGGCUCCCGACUGGUCCGCUGACUGGCUGCAUCGUGAGGCCAGGAUGACCCUUGAGCUUCUGGGAGCGAACGCCUCCGGCUAUGUCCAGCUGGUGCGGAAGAACACGUACAGCCCGGAGACCAAUGAGGUGAAGAUCGAUCCCAUCCGCGCCAAGGUGCUGCGCAGGCUGACGGAGCUCUACGUGGCGCUGUUCACUGGGGCCUCAAGCUCGCCGGAGAUUGAAAACCUCCCAAAGGUGCGGAAGCUUUUUCAGGUCAAAGACGUGGCCCUGUACAGCGAGGAGAAGGCAGAGAAGAUGGCGGGCUUCGUCUUCUGGUCGGCCUGGGCUUGCGUGACGCAAAGGCCAGGACAGAGUCACACCUACACGAACAACUGGCCUCAAGAGCGCCUCGUGGGCAACUCUGUGUCGCCUGAAGUGAUCGUGUGGUCGAGUGCCUCCCUUGCUCUCCUCGUUUUUGGCAUCGGCGCCUUGGCUUGGGUACGAUCCGUGCACCACAGCGAGCAAGGUCAGCUCCCUGCGCCCGCGGAGGACCCGCUGAAGGACUUCGUGGUGACGCCCUCGAUGGCCUCCAUGAUCAAGUGGGUCUACGUCGUCUUCUUCCUCAGCGGCUUUCAGAUCUGCCUCGGCGUGUACACCGUGCACCUUACCAUUGAAGGAAACAUGGGCUUCCCGAACUGGUUGACGCAGCACGUUACCUACACUGUUGCUCGCACGUGGCACACGCAGUCCGCCGUGUUUGCCAUCGCGACCAGCUUUCUUGCAGCUGGCUUGUUCCUCGCACCCGCCAUUGGUGGCCGCAAAGAGGAUCCCCCGCUACAAAAGCCUCUGUGCGACUUUCUCUUUCUUUGCCUGCUGAUCAUCGUUGGGGGAUCCAUGGCAGGGCAGGUGGCCGCCAUCACACAGAGUUUCCAGAGCCUCCUCAUGAGCCAAUACUUCGGCCACCAGGGCUACGAGUACGUGGAGCUGGGCCGCUUCUACCAGUACUUCUUGCUGGUCGGCUUGCUCUUGUGGCUGCUGCUCAUGCUGAACGCGGUUCACCCCGCGCUGCGCAAGCCAAGAAUUUCGGAGGAUGAUCGUGGCCAGUGGCACCUGGUCGUCAUCAUCACCUGUGCGGCCGUGCUGAUCUCCUUCUUCUGGGCUUCUGGCCUGAUGUAUAAUGCUCGAUCUAACCUGGCCGUGAUGGACUACUGGCGCUUCUGGAUCGUUCACAUGUGGGUCGAAGGCAUGUUUGAGGUCUUCAUCACUGUGGUCGUCGCGCAGGUCUUCGUCAUGCUCCGCGUCCUGGAGCCCUCCGCCGCCGCGGGCGUCACGCUCUUCACCAGCGGCGUGUUCCUCUUCGGCGGCAUCCCAGGCAUGUACCACCACAACUAUUUUGCGGGCACGCCAUCCAUGAUCAUGGCCGUCGGGUCUUGCUUCUCCUGCUUGGAAGUGUGCCCCCUGGCACUCAUGGGCAUGGAGGCAAGCGAAUACAUUGCGCUUGAAAAAGCGGCAAAGAAGCCCAGCAACUCUUGGCUGAUGAAGUACAAGUCCAUCAUCGACUGCUUCAUCUACGUUGCCUUCUGGAACCUGAUUGGUGCUGGGUUUCUGGGCUUCAUCAUCAACCCGCCGCUGUCACAGUACUACAUGAUCGGUGGGUAUCUCACACUGUCGCAUAGCCACGGAGCCCUGUGGGGCGUCUAUGGCGUGCUGGCGAUGGCGCUGGGGCUUCUGGUCCUACGCCUCUCGGACCUGAAGGCCGACUGGGACACCACUUGGCUCGACCUGGGCCUGAAGCUUAUGAACCUGGGCAUGGUACUGCAGAUCUUCGUGUCGAUCUUUCCCAUCGGCAUCUACCAGUUCUGGCUGUCGGUGGCCAAUGACUACUGGUAUGCCCGAAGUGAGCACUUCCAUGGAGAUCCCACAGUCCAGUGGAUGAAGUUGGCUCGAGGCCUGGGCGACUCAAUCUUCGCGUUCGCUAUGCUGAUGGUGCUGUGGUUCGUCUUCCAGGACUUCCGCCGUCGUGCCUUCGGGAUCCGUAGUGCAGCAGCCCGUGUGACAUGCGCCAAGGUCCUCACGGAGAAGGCGCACCGCAACUUCAUUCGGUUCAACCCCUUUGGAUCGCUGGUCUGCAUCGCUGGGUUCGGGAAUCUGGCUGGUGAGAUGGACUUCUACGGCCGAACUGGCGACAAGACUGACUUCGUGCGCAUCUCCAAGUGCGAGGCGAACUGUGCCGUGUCCGCCGAGUGGGGCGCGGACGGUCGGCACCUUCUGACGGCUGUGCUUUUCCCACGAAUGCGGGUGGACAACGGCCUCACGCUCUGGAAUGCGUUGUUGGGCACAAAGGUCAUUUCAUCCCCUUCAGAUGAACUCUACGAGGUCGCAUGGAGACCCGGUCUUGACUGCAGUUCCCUGGAUGACAUCACCAGCGAGGAGAUCGGGCGGGCUGGCGCGGCCGUAGCCGACGGCGGCGGAACCGCGAAGAAGGCGGCAUACAAGCCACCCAAGGCGAGAGGCACUGGCGAUUCCACUGUGGCGGCCAUGAUGCGAGGGGAGUUGUCGGUGCCGGACGAAGACAGGCGCCGGAGGCCAUGGCAGGAUCGCAAGAAGGAGAAGGAUGAAGACAGGCCCUCGCCACCCCUGUCGCCGCAUGCCGAGGCAUCCACUUCGCCCAUGACGACUUCGCCCGUCCAUUCGCCUUCGCCGAUACUCAGCAACCAGGAGUCGUAA